GACACGCUGGUUAAAUCCUUGAACCUAAUACCUUGAUAAAAAGAGUGCAGCAAUGGGUGGGCAGGUGACCUGUAGGCCAUAGAUUUUGAACCCAUAGCCUCACCCUCCCACGUUCACGCUCGCCAUCCGUAACGGGACUAUUGACUAUCCUUUUGUUCAGCAGGGAACUCGUGGAGCCAAGACCGCCGCGUACUCCUUCACUCGCCGCCCGCCCAAUUCUUCUCCGUCAAUUGCAAUGGCGCGCGCUGCUUCCUCCCUCGCGUCGGCAGCAUUUUUCAGAGGUGAGCAGUUCCAGUGUCGGAAGUUGUUCCACCGGCGUUUGAGACUUCACGCGACUGAUUCGAGGCAGUUUUCGGGUUUUUCGGGAAGGCGAGGACUACUCCGCGGUUUCGUUUCGAGCUCUGCCGGGAGGUAUGGGGGCAAUCCCGAAGUAAAGGAAAGUGACACACUGCCUACCACUUUCGCAUGGCCUGAUAGUGACAAGAGGCCAAGAGUAUGCAUACUUGGCGGUGGUUUUGGAGGCCUGUAUACUGCAUUGAGAUUGGAAUCACUAGAUUGGCCUGACGGCAAGAAACCACAAGUUAUUCUUGUUGAUCAACAAGAGCGUUUUGUUUUCAAGCCAUUGCUCUAUGAGCUCCUCUCUGGAGAAGUAGAAGAAUGGGAAAUAGCUCCACGAUUCUUGGACUUGCUUUCAAACACAAGUGUGCAAUUUUUCAAAGAUAGGGUGCAAUCCUUGCAUCCCACUGAUCAUUUGGGAAUGGAUGGAGUUGCACAUUUACAAUCCGCUGGAAUGGUGCACCUUGACAGUGGCUUGUCUAUUGAAUAUGACUGGUUGGUGCUUGCUUUGGGAGCUGAACCCAAACUUGAUGUUGUGCCAGGUGCAAUGGAACAUGCAUUACCAUUCUCCACCCUUGAGGAUGCUCAUAGAGUUGAUGAGAAGCUAAGGUUACUUGAGAGGGAGUACUUUGGUAGAGACAAUCGGAUUGACAUUGCUGUUGUAGGAUGUGGUUACUCUGGAAUUGAGUUGGCUGCAACAAUAUCAGAAAGACUGAAAGCACGUGGAGUCGUACAAGCAAUCAAUGUGGACAAAACAAUCCUACCGAAUGCCCCACCUGGCAAUAGGGAGAGUGCAUUGAAAAUUCUCUCAUCAAGGAAUGUUCAGCUUUUGCUUGGUUAUUUUGUGCGCUGCAUAAGGGCGGAAGUUGAUAAUCAGAAGAAGUAUAUAUUAGAGCUGCAGCCGUCUGAGAGGAGCAUGGAAAAAAAAAUUGUGGAAGCAGAUCUAGUUUUAUGGACUGUUGGGUCUAAGUCUCUACUUUCUGAGCUAGAACAAGUUGAUAAACCCAUUUAUCUUCCCCUUAAUGGUAGGGGACAGGUAGAAACAGAUGAAACUCUUCGAGUUAAGGGUCAUCCACGUGUAUUUGCAGUUGGUGACUCUGCUGCUGUGAGAGACAAAAGUGGAAAAUUGCUUCCAGACUCUGCUCAGGUAGCUUUUCAGCAGGCUGAUUUUGCUGGCUGGAAUCUGUGGGCUGCAAUAAAUAACCGACCACUACUGCCAUUUAGGUUUCAAAAUUUAGGUGAGAUGAUGACUCUAGGCAGAUACGAUGGAGCUAUUUCACCAAGUUUCAUCGACGGCCUAACGCUGGAAGGUCAAAUUGGUCACUCAGCAAGGAAACUAGCUUACCUAAUCCGACUACCCACGGAUGAGCACCGCAUCAAAGUGGGGAUCAGUUGGCUAACCAAGACUGCUGUGGAAUCCGUGGCACUGCUGCAGAGUAACAUCACCAAUAUACUCUCAGGACCAUAGCAAGGUUUGCUGUAUCUAUCUUACCUUAUCAAAUCAUAUUAUCAACCUCUUUCAUCAUCAUCAUCAUCAUCAUCAUCAUCAUGUUUUUGAGGAGAUAGAGGAUGAUGCAGCAAUAAGCAGCAGAGGUGAUGAUGGGUAUACGGGUCUAUGUUAAUGUGCAAACUUUAUAUAUGCGUUGUUGAUAUGGUGUUGUCAUAAUAUUAGCCAUUCCAAAAUGCUAUAAAUUAAUUCAAGGAUGGUUAUAAAUCAUCGAAUUUUAAUUAUAAAUAAUUUCAUUAAAAUAUGAAUAUAGACUAAACGUGAAUUAAAAUAUAAGUGAAACUAGUUAUCAAAAUGAAAAUUAAUUUGAUCGUUUGGUUGCAUUACAGUGUGUUUCGGUAUUUUGGCAUAUUGUGGAAUAGUAAAAACAUUAAAUUGGUGUGGUGG